AUGAUCUGCACAGACAACGUCGACACUCAGCUCCUCUUGAACAAGAAAACUGGUCGCAACUCGACAAGCUGGCUAAACAUGCGAUUGAAAGAUGCCGCUGCCAAGGGCUACAUUGACCUCGAAAGGGUUGAGAGCAAGGCCAACGAGGCGGAUGGCUUCACAAAGCCACUCAGAGAAGAAGCGUUCCCCGGAUUCAUUGCACAGCUAGGAAUGUGA